AUGCCCCUGAGCCGCAGCCUGUCGGUGACGUCCCUGCCGGGGCUGGAGGAUUGGCAGGAUGACCUCGAUUUGGACAACGCCGUGCUCUUCGAGGUGGCCUGGGAGGUGGCCAAUAAAGUGGGCGGGAUCUACACGGUGAUCCAGACGAAGGCGAAAGUGACCGGGGACGAGUGGGGGGACAAUUACUACCUGGUGGGGCCCUACACGGAGCAGGGGGUCCGCACCCAGGUGGAGCUGCUGGAGCCCCCGCUGCCCGCCCUGAAGCGCACCCUGGACGCCAUGAACAGCAAAGGCUGCAAGGUGUACUAUGGGCGCUGGCUGAUUGAGGGGGGGCCCGCCGUCAUCCUGCUGGACGUGGGGGCGGCGGCCUGGGCGCUGGAGCGCUGGAAGGGGGAGCUGUGGGAGAGCUGCAGCAUCGGCGUCCCCUGGUACGACCGCGAGGCCAACGAUGCCCUCCUCUUUGGCUUUCUCACCGCCUGGUUCCUGGGCGAGUUCUACGCACAGAGCGAGGAGAAGCCAUUCGUGAUCGGCCACUUCCACGAGUGGCUGGCCGGCGUGGGCCUCUGCCUGUGCCGGGCCCGCCGCCUGCCCGUGGCCACCAUCUUCACCACCCACGCCACCCUGCUCGGGCGCUACCUCUGCGCCGGGGCCGUUGACUUCUACAACAACCUGGAGAAUUUCAACGUGGACAAGGAGGCCGGCGAGCGGCAGAUCUACCACCGGUAUUGCAUGGAGCGAGCAGCCGCUCACUGCGCCCACGUCUUCACCACCGUCUCCCAGAUCACCGCCAUCGAGGCCCAGCACCUGCUCAAAAGGAAGCCCGAUUUAGUAACCCCCAACGGGCUCAAUGUGAAGAAGUUCUCAGCCAUGCACGAGUUCCAGAACCUGCACGCCCAGAGCAAGGCCCGGAUCCAGGAGUUCGUGCGCGGACACUUCUACGGGCACCUUGACUUCAGCUUGGAUAAGACCCUGUUCUUCUUCAUCGCCGGACGCUACGAGUUUUCCAACAAGGGAGCGGAUGUGUUCCUCGAGGCCCUGGCCCGCCUCAACUACCUGCUCCGGGUGAACGGCAGCAACCAGACGGUGGUAGCGUUCUUCAUCAUGCCCGCCAGGACCAACAACUUCAACGUGGAGUCCUUGAAGGGCCAGGCCGUUCGGAAGCAACUCUGGGACACGGCCAACACGGUGAAGGAGAAGUUUGGGAGGAAACUGUACGAGUCUCUGCUGGUGGGGAGCCUCCCGGACAUGAACAAGAUGCUGGACAAGGAGGAUUUCACCAUGAUGAAGCGAGCCCUCUUUGCCACUCAGCGCCAGUCUUUCCCCCCAGUCUGCACCCACAACAUGCUGGACGACUCUUCCGAUCCCAUCCUCACCACCAUCCGUCGCAUCGGCCUCUUCAACAGCAGCGCGGAUCGCGUCAAGGUUAUCUUCCACCCCGAGUUCCUGUCCUCCACCAGCCCCCUUCUGCCCGUGGACUACGAAGAGUUUGUCCGUGGCUGUCACCUGGGUGUCUUCCCUUCUUACUACGAGCCCUGGGGGUACACGCCCGCCGAGUGCACGGUCAUGGGCAUCCCCAGCGUAUCCACCAACCUGUCUGGCUUUGGAUGUUUCAUGGAAGAGCACAUAGCUGAUCCCUCAGCCUACGGCAUCUACAUCCUGGACCGGCGGUUCCGCAGCCUGGACGACUCGUGCACCCAGCUGACGUCUUUCCUGUACAGCUUCUGCCAGCAGAGCCGGCGCCAGCGCAUCGUCCAGCGCAACCGCACCGAGCGGCUCUCCGACCUGCUGGACUGGAAGUACCUGGGCCGGUAUUAUAUGUUUGCCCGACACAUGGCUCUGGCCAAAGCUUUUCCAGACUACUUCACUUACGAGCCCCACGACGCCGAUGCGACCCAGGGAUUCCGCUACCCCCGCCCGGCCUCGGUGCCCCCCUCGCCUUCGCUGUCCCGCCACUCGAGCCCCCACCAGAGCGAGGGGGAGGAGGAGGAGGAGUGCGACGAAGCAGAACGCUACGACGAGGAUGAGGAGGCGGAGAAGGACCGACGCAACAUCCGGACCCUCGAGUGGCCGCGUCGCCCCUCGGCCGGCCUCCUCACCCAGAGCGGGGCCAAGCGCGGCUCCGUGGACACCGCCCCCUCCAGCUCGGCCAGCUCCCUCAGUGAGCCCGUCAGCCCCACCAGCUCCCUGGGGGAGGAGCGCAACUAAGGGUACCCUAAGUGCCUCCUGUGUGUUAUCGUCCCCCCCCACCCCAACACACGUACCCCCUUCGGGUCUCCCCACCCACCCACUCGCUGUCCCGGAACCGGAACCCACUGGGGUUGGGAUUCCGAGUCGCCCGUGGUCUUGCAUCCAAGCCCAGGUUCGGCCGCUGGGGCCCUCACCUCGGUCUAGAAUUUAAGCUCUAGAUACAACUGGAGGACUGCUUUCGGCCUCCGGAACCCCAGCUUCUAGACCCGGUUCCCCGGGACUGAUUUUUAGAUGGGGAUUCAAGCUCCAGUCCUGCCCGUCCCCCGUCAAGAAUGAGAGGCUCUCAAGCUCUGGGGCUCCUCCUGGAUCCAGAACCCCCAACUCCUCGGGGCCCCACAUGGAAAGGAAUUCAGGUGUCCCUGUUUUAAGACGGAGGACCGAAUCUCGGCCCGGGAGCCCAGAGGAUCACUUUUACAGCCUUAAUUUGGAGUGCUGGGGCUCUGGAAUAAGCUCCAGCCCUGUCCUGGGAACCAUCUUGAUUUUUAGCUUGCCUUUAGCCUGGAAUCCAAGACCUGGUGUUCUGCCCUGGAUCUAGAAUGUCUCCUCUUGGAAGGCAAGUUUUGAACUUGAACCCGAGCCAUCCUGCUUGCUCCUUGAAGCCUCCCGCUAGACUAGAAUGCAGACUCCAGUUUGCUGUCCCCGGGACCAACUUCCUGUAGAACCCCAGGUCCAGAGGUGGUGCUACAGGAUCCUAUUUCUUGGAGAGUUGGAGGGGAGGGUGUCCUAGAACUGAUCCCCCUCUCCCCCUGACUCAGUUGCCCCUUUCCCGAACCUACCGAAGCAGAACUUGCUGUGGCGAUCCAGAACCCCAGAGGUCUAGACGCCGUCCCGUUCUGAGACUUCCAUUGAUCCGUCCCACCAUUUUGCAGAGGCUGGGAGCGCCCCGAUCCCAGACUCUUAGAACUGUGAACUGUAUCCCGGACCACUUGUUCUGUCUCCUGCCUCACGCUAGAGACGAGCACAAGGCCCGGGCCUAGAACCCCUUCCCCUGUCAGCUCAUUGGUCCCUUUCUCCCUCACCGCCCCUGAAGCGUGUUGGGCAAAUCCUUUGCUAGAACCUCUGCCUGAGUGCCUCACCCAUCUGGAGCCCACCUGUCCCUGCUGUGGCACCCAAGAGGUGGUCUAAGAACCAGUUCUAAAAACGGCCCCCGCCUAGGCUGUAGCCUAGGACCCGCCCUGAACCCGGAACAUUUCCUCAGGCCCGGUUUCCAGGCAUCCGCCCUCAGUGACCCCAGGGAUACACUUCUCCAGCCCUGCCAAAUACAGGGCAGUAGCCAAAGUCACCCAACUCUGGGAAUCAUCUGUGCCAACCUCUGGGAGUGUGUGGGAAGAAGGGGACUUUCUUCCAGGUGGGAGGGGCAGGGGGUGUGUCUGUUUGCUGUGAGUCCGAUGCCUCCCUUUCCUCCUGCUGCUUGGUUUGCGUUAUUUGGUUGUUGGGGGAUGGUGAAUGCUGGAUUUGCCAGAGAUAUCUAUUUAAAGAAUAAAGGAUUUUAACCAUG